AUGCUCUCUCGGCCGCGCCAACCAGCCGCACCGCCGCCUGUUAGUUUGGUGGCUCGUCCCGCAGGCAAUCAUCAGCAGUCACCGCCAGGAUCCAUUGCCAACAAGUCCUUCCUCCUGUCGUCGAAGAGUAGCCUCUCCCUUUCCAAGGAUCGGCAAUCCAAAUCUGACGAAUUAGGUUACCUAAGGCUGGAGUAUCAGGGGUGCAUGGCAUUUAACCCAUCCUGUCACCGUGAGAGGGAGUCGAGUACUUUAAAGACCUCUUCGAGUUCUCAAGGCUAUGGACCAGCUGGAUAUGCUUUGUUUGUGGCAGUAUAUGUAGGAUUGGAGGUAUGUGCUCAUUCUCUUAUUUAG